GUUACGAUGAGGUAAUCGCGUCACAACACAUAAAUAAAUAAAUAAUCACUGAGAAUAUAAGAAUAUGGAUAAUAAGCCGUCAUUGAGCCAUUAUUUUGGCGAUAUGCAAGUGGUGCCCGCGUCUCAGUUUUUCGAUGAAAUUGGUACGUCACCGUCGGACAUGAUACAAAGCGUUUAUUUAGGAGGAAGCGAUGGUGACAUGGUAACAUCAAACCAAGUCUUUCCUCAACCAAUGACGACCUCUUUCAACCAACAAAAUACGCAAGAUGUUACUUUUUCGAGUGUUUUGGCAACUGUCAGCGGAUCUGCUUCCGUGCCAGCAACGAGCCUGCCUGAUCCAUCAACGUUCUUUGAUACAAUAGGUCCAGAACCACAAAUAGGACCUACUAAAAAUAACAUGACGAGUACAGCUCUCCUUACAGAUGCCAUGGAGGCUCUGAGUAUAAAGAACCAACCAGUUGAUAAAGAAGCAGAUAGACGAAGGGAUGCAUGGAUUCCUAAUGAUGAGGCCAAGAAGACACUGAUGAAGGCCCAGUCUUCACCUAAAGGCUCAUUCUUUCCUGAAAGAGAGGUUCUAACAAUGCCAGGGUUAGUGCUUGAAGAGGAACUUGCAGAUGCAUUGCACGAGGUGGCAGUGAAGUACCUAGGAGUGAGUGCUGCGGGCAGCCGGGGCGUAGUCCGAGCAGAACACGUGAGCCGAGACGAGGCCGGCCUCAGGGAGCUCCUCAGAACUGGGUACUUGCGCGCCGCUAUCAACCACACCGCUGUACUGAUCACCGCUAUCGGACAAGGCGUCGGCCGUAUGCAUCGCCCCACAAAGCAUACGCCCCGCUCACUGCAGCUGUGGCUCACAAGAUUCUCCGUGAUGCUCAGGAUCCGGCUGAAUGAGCCACUGCUCAAGGAGGCCGAGCCGUUUGGUGAUUUCAAUAAACCGGACAUGUUUUAUCAGUUCUACCCGGAUACCUACGAGAAUCGAACGGGUACCCUCGUGCCGUUCUCAUUGCGCCUACUGAUUGCUGAGCUGCCGUGGCACACUGGCAAACCGGAAGUGUCUGUGGAUAGAUUGUAUGCGAUGCUGGAUAUCGUACAACAGAUGUUAUCAAACCUACGUAAUGGGAAAACAGAGGACGGCACAGCCUUCAUAUCGUCAGAUCAGGACCGCAAUGAAUCCUUACGAUUGUGGACCGGCCGGGAGACCAGGAUCCUGCAUUCCAUAGUCAACUGCUGUAUCAUGCUUAAAGACUACCGUCAAGCUGCUAAAGUACUAAUAUCCUUGCAGCAGCAGGCCACGUCGUCGGUACAGAAACGGGCGGUCACCAGUGCCUUGUGUAGACUGUGGCUCUUGGCUGGGCAUGUGGACGCGGCGCUAGUGUAUCAGGGACAGUCGAGGGAGAUCAGGCAUCAUUUAUGCCCAACUCCUGAUGUGCGGGAGUAUGUAGACCUGGGUUUGAUCGACAUCGCCUACGGCAAGUACCAAGAUGCUUACACCAAUUUCGCCAGAGCUGCAGAUCAGGAACCCACUAAUAUCAUGGUGGCCAACAAUAUAUCUAUAUGUUUAUUAUACAUGGGGCGGCUCAAGGAAGCGAUCGCGGUACUCCAGAAAGCUAUAAAUUCGGACCCAGAACGCGGCCUUAACGAGAGUCUACUAAUCAAUCUCUGCACUUUAUACGAACUGGAGUCGUCGAAAACCCACGAGAAGAAACUACAUUUACUGAACAUGCUGUGCAAAUAUAAGAGUGAUACAAUGCCAAAUGUAUUAGAGUGUUUGAAACUCAACUGAUGUAACCCAAGACUGAAAUAAAAUAUAUAUAAGAAUGAUGUGAAUUCAGAUUUGAUUUGAUAAUCCAUUUAACCAAUUUCCUUGUGGUCGAGCGAUCUGUUCAAAUUAAAAAAACUUUUAUUCAUGUAGGACAUUUUAGCCGUUUAUGAACGUAAAUUUUUUUCCUACCGUAUAUAAAAUAUAAUAUAUAAGAACUAGCUACUCGCCCCGGCUUUAUAUAUAUAAUACAUAUACAUGGGGGGUAAGGGUAUUGUUAGUAACGUGGAUUGAUAACCCCAUCGCUAGCAAUGUACCAUGUCAGGUCGACCUCCACGCGGUUCCCCCUGGAAGCCAUCGUGUUAAAUUCCUGGUGAAUUUGUCACGAUGGGCCAACUGACCUGACCUCAUGCACAUCUUAUCAUCCUCCACUGGUGCCCCGCCAGCGUAGACCGUUAGCGCAGGCGGG